GGUCACGUUGCGUUGCGGCAUCACAACGGCAGAGCGUGUCGGACAGCAAGCAUCACCUCCCUCUCAGCACAUCCUCUAGCUUUUACGCACCUUCCAGUUUGCUUUGAGCAGCAGGCAUCAUGACGCACCAGUACCCAGCCCUCACCACCGAGCAGAAGAAGGAGCUCCAGGAGAUCGCCCAGCGCAUCGUCGCACCUGGCAAAGGCAUCCUCGCUGCGGAUGAGUCCACAGGAAGCAUGGCCAAGCGGCUGAACCCCAUCGGCGUUGAGAACACGGAAGAGAACCGCCGCCUGUACCGCCAGCUCCUCUUUACAGCCGACGAGCGCAUUGACAAGUGCAUCGGCGGCGUCAUCUUCUUCCACGAGACCCUGUACCAGAGCACAGACGAUGGCACCAACUUUGCCAAGCUGAUCAAGGAUAGGGGCAUUGUCGUGGGCAUUAAGGUCGACAAAGGCGUUGUUCCUCUGGCAGGGACCAACGGUGAAACCACAACUCAGGGGUUGGACGGCCUGUCGGAACGCUGCGCUCAGUACAAGAAGGACGGAGCGGACUUCGCUAAGUGGCGUUGUGUCCUGAAGAUCAGCGAGACCACUCCCUCAGAGCUGGCGAUCAUGGAGAACGCCAAUGUCCUGGCUCGCUAUGCAAGCAUCUGCCAGCAGAACGGCAUCGUGCCCAUCGUGGAGCCCGAAAUCCUGCCCGAUGGCGAUCAUGACCUCAAGCGCUGCCAGUACGUCACCGAGAAGGUCCUGGCUGCCUGCUACAAGGCUCUGUCUGACCAUCACGUCUACCUGGAAGGCACCCUGCUCAAACCCAACAUGGUGACCGCCGGACACUCCUGCCCCACCAAGUUCUCCAAUGAGGAGAUCGCCAUGGCGACAGUCACUGCCCUGCGCCGCACCGUUCCUCCCGCAGUCACAGGUGUAACCUUCCUGUCUGGAGGACAGAGCGAAGAAGAUGCAUCCAUCAACCUGAACGCCAUUAAUAACUGCCCCCUGCUGAAGCCCUGGGCGCUGACCUUCUCCUACGGCCGCGCUCUGCAGGCUUCAGCCCUUGGUGCCUGGCGCGGUCUCAAGGAGAACACGAAAGCUGCCACUGAGGAGUUCAUCAAGCGUGCUGAGGCUAACGGCUUGGCCGCUCAAGGCAAGUACGUGUCCAGCGGAACUGGCGGUGCUGCAGGACAGUCUCUGUACGUGGCCAACCACGCCUACUAAACCACCACACACACGCCGUUUCCAUCACUCCGCUUUCUUCAGCUUCUGCCGACCAGUAGUAUCUUCCACAGCAACUCCUCUCUCCGUCUCACCAGCCAGUCACAGGCCUGCGCUGACGUCUGCCCUCUGUCCAAGAGCCGUUGUUUAAAUGUCUGUUUUGCUUAAAUAAAAAAAAUUCCCAGCAGUAGAAGGAAAGCAGAAUGAGGAGAUCUCGAUAAAGGGUCGCUUUGUAAAAACGGUUAUAAAAUCAGAUGGUGUUGCCUGUGUGGCCAAGUUAUUACCUUCUGACUGAAAUUGUGGUUGGAAUUCAAUUUUUAUUUAUUGUUUUGUUUUUUUGUUCUAAGUAUUCAACGCUCACACCAGGUUCUGAAGUUCUCGUGUCUCAUCAUUUCUGUCUUUUUCGUCAUUCAGUCUUUAAGCUAUGGUUCUGAGCGCAGACACUGUAUGUGUGUUUAUGUCCGAAACAUUGCAGGAAGGUGCAAGUAGACUUAAGCUGAGCAGGGCAUUUCUUCACAACGUGUUUGUUUGUCCGAGUGUGUGCGUAUGUAAGAGAAGAGACAGAGUGACGUGUAUACUGUAGGUCAGUACUUCUGUUUGCAUCACAAUGGUUUUAACGAACAAUUUACUUGCACCAAGAGAGGAACAAUAUUUAAUAUUAUAGUACCAGGUGUUACAGAUUGCUCAUCUACUGUUCGAUAAUCAUAGAAUACUAACUAUAUUAGUUUGGUGUAGUGUGCUUGAUUGUAUUACGCUCUCCCUCUCCAUCUUUGUAGCGUAGUGAUAGAGACGAUGGAGUUUAUUGGCAUAAUGCGCUGGUAAGGACCUAACUAUGAAGCGUUCCGAGGGGAGCGGUCACUGCUGAUUUGGAAAAACAUUGAUGUUGUCGUUGUGGUGUUUUGUUUUGUUUUCUUCUAAGCACUUGGUGUCAAGCAGAAAAAAUAUAUAAUAUAAUGUAAAAUAAAGAGAUUAAAAUCCCA